UAACAACUUAACUGGCUACUGACUAGUGUUAUUAGCGUCGCGUCUACUCAACGUUUUCGAUCGUGUAAUACAGUAAUACACGUUCUUUCGUGCAGCAGCCAAUAAGCAACCCUCGUGGGGCAAAGGCGAUGGUGGUGGCCCCUGCGUGGUUAGUACGAGUAUAUCCUAGUAAGGCAUCAGAUUAGCCACUCUCAUGUCGGCUUUACUUCUCCUUUUCAUGUUUCGCUCUGAUAUAUACUCUUAUUUUAUCCUCACUUCUUGCAACUUGAUCUUUUUCCGGUGUAAAAUUCGGUUCAAUUGCAUUGUAUCUGCUCGUGAGGUCCUCGUUAUUCAGUCCCAUGCCACAAUAACAUACAGCCGUCAUGACUAUCGAGACUCGAAUCUUCGACCCCAAGGAGGGUCGUCAAAACUCAAAUUACACUGGUGCAUGCCAGUUUCCCUUUCUGCAGCAGAAUCUCUUUCCCGAUACUGGUGGAUACAUCGACGGACGAUACUGCGCGCUAGUCCCGAACCCAGGCGGAUACGAAAAUUGCUGCGUGCCAUGUCCGGUGGCUAAUUGGAAAUACGGUGAUGAGUUGAUGGCGAAGACGAAGAUUCCGAGUUACAUUAGUGCCGUCAUUUUUCCUUUUGUUGUUCUUCUACUACUAUCAUAUGUGGUUCUUCCAGCGAAAUAUUCUCAUCGGCAUUACUUGAGUGUUUCUUUUACCAUUGGGAUUUGCUGCAUGCAUAUUGCUUUUAUCAUACCACUAGGUGCCAAACCAGACCAAUGCUACAAUGAAAUUACACCAAAAGGCAUGCACGAUGAUCUCUCAUGCGCCUUUACCGGCUCCCUUCUUCUUUUCGGAGGCUUUAAGGUUGUCGUAUGGAGUUUUAUCCGCGCAAUCGCCUUCCACCUCCAAGUCUGCUGGGAACAAGUCCUCGGCAGAAAGUUCAUGUGGGGAGCCCUAAUCUGCGGCUGGGGCAUCCCAGCCAUCGGCACAACAGUCAUGCUUAUCUUUACCGGCGUCUCCUUCCGCUUCGGCGAAAUCUGCCACAUCAACAUGGAAAACAGCAUGUAUGACUACUGGAUUCCGGCGCUGGUGUUUGCCGGCGCAGCCCUCAUCCUUCAGUUAUCGACUAUGGCCUAUUGCAUCCGCGUAUACCUCAAGACAAUAUUUAACAGGGAACCCAGGGCUACGACUGGCGGGUUGCCAUCUUACGCCGCUAGCGUUCGCUCGAUAAAUGCUCGUCAGGCAUACCGGCGGAUCAGCAAGGUUUUCCGGCUGCAAUGGCGCGGCGUGGCAUUCGUAUUUAUCAUCAUUGCAAAUGCCCUCCUCUACGCCAUCGUCUUUAUUAAUCUGGACGCCACUACAAAAUUAACACACGAAGUUAUCCAAAAGGCCUUCCCCUGGCUUCUUUGCCUUUCCCUCACAAAAGCAGAUAAAGAAUACUGCAAGCAAUACGCCAUCAACAUCGGGCCGGACAAGGAUACUCUCCUCGCCGUCCUCACGUUCCUAUCUAUGGUUGGCCUUUGGAACGUCGCACUCUUCGCUAGACCAUCUAUGUUCACAGGCUGGCUCGUACUCUUCCGAAAUACAUCCAGCAAUCAAAAGGAAUGCGUCUCCGCGGACGCUAGAACCCUCUUCGCUACAUCCCCCGAAGCGCGCGGCUUUGAAAUGUUCUACAAAAACUCCACUACCACCAACACAACCUCCAACACAAAAGCCCCCGAAACAUUCAUCGAUAUCGGCAUUGGUAUCGCCCGCUCCUCAACGCCCGACAAAUCUACCGACGAGACCAGAAGUCUAACCUCCCAAAAGCUCCCCUCUCCCCAAUCACCGUCCUCAUAUGAUUGGGAGUCCGAUAAAGAAUACAUCAGACGACAGCCCGUGAGCUUCUCAAGACCGCAUCCGACUGUGGCUUUGCCGCCAAGGAUAAGGCCUCCCAUGUCCAGGACACCGAGGGUGGCAAGUCCUACGGGGUUGGAAUGGGAUCCGAGGGAUACUUUUGCGGCACCAAGUCGGAGUCCGCAGGAGGGGGAGAGGUCUGGGGCGAAAAGGUUUGGGGGGGUAUGAAUAUGCUCUUCUUCUUUCUUCGUUUGCAACCCUUUAUUCAAUUCUUACUCUCGCUUCAUUCUGUUUACCAUGUUAUACCUUUUAAAUCAGGUUCGAUUUUGGUUAUGUCUCCUUUCGUUGUUCAACACAUACAUACACUUACACUUCUUGAUUGAUGGCAUGUUAUAUGAUUGAUGUGUUUGGAUUCGUUUGCUAUACCCUGUUGUUUUGUUGUUUCGUUCAUGUGCUGGGUUGUUGGUUGAUAUAUUACAUUGGAGCGUUGAUUUUGGAUACAUAUACUAGUGCUGGAAAUGAGGGGAGGCAGGCUUGUGUAUAUAAAGUACAUUUUGGAAGGAUAUGAAUCAAGAUACGGAAUACCAAAAGGUACUGCUUCGUACCUCUCGC